CCCGCUUUCCCUCUCAUAGAUGUAUAGUUAAAGAGAGAGAGGGAGAGGAAUUGCGUGAACCCAUUCUAAGCAAUUUGGAGUUUAGCUCCCCUUUUUCCUGUGCGGGAAAUCUGGGUUUCAUAUUCUUCCCUUUUCUCUCUGCUCUGCCCAAUUUGAGGUUUUUUGUAGAGAGAUUGAUAGGAUGUGUAGUGGCUCUAGGAGGAAAGUUGUUCCUGAUGAUCUAGCUAUGGAAGGUGGAAUUCAAGGGCAAGAGAUUUUGCUCGAGUUAUCCGCGAAUGAUGAUCUUAGAGGGUUUAGAGCAGCUGUUGAAGAAGAGGGUCUUGAUGUGAACAUGUCAGGAUUGUGGUAUGGGAGAAGAAUUGGUUCUAAGAAGAUGGGGUAUGAGGAGAGGACACCCCUUAUGGUUGCUUCAAUUUUUGGUAGCAAACGGGUGCUGAAUUAUAUUCUGGAGAACGGUUGUGGUGAGAUUAACCGAGCUUGUGGCUCUGAUGGGGCUACUGCUCUCCACUGUGCGGUUUCUGGUGGCUCUACUGCCUCGCUUGAUGUUAUCAAGCUCUUGCUUGGUUACUCGGCUGAUGAGAAUUUGGUGGACGCCAAUGGAAACCGGGCUGCUGACUUGAUCCCCUUCUGCAGAUUCACCUCGCAGAAGAAGAUGAUGGAGCAUGUUCUCAAGGGCGGUGGUGAUACUGAUGAAGGCUACGGGUUGAUUGAAAAGGUUGAAGAGCAACGGGUGGUCUAUCCAAAUGUCUCGAAAGAUGGGAGUGAGAGGAAAGAAUACCCCAUUGAUCCCUCCCUUCCAGACAUAAAGAAUGGUAUUUAUGGGACUGAUGACUUCAGAAUGUACACGUUUAAGGUGAAGCCAUGUUCCCGGGCGUACUCUCAUGACUGGACCGAGUGCCCCUUUGUUCACCCUGGCGAAAACGCUAGAAGGCGUGACCCAAGGAAGUACCACUAUAGUUGCGUGCCUUGCCCAGACUUUCGAAAGGGCACUUGCCAGCGGGGAGAUGCUUGUGAAUAUUCACAUGGUAUAUUCGAGUGCUGGCUUCAUCCUGCCCAGUAUCGCACACGUAUGUGUAAGGACGAAUCGCUUUGCAAUAGAAGGGUCUGUUUCUUCGCCCACAAACCUGAGGAGCUUCGCCCUUUCUAUGCUUCUACAGGCUCAGCUCUGCCUUCCCCUAGAUCAUACUCUCUCGGGGCUUCAUCUUUGGAUAUUGCAUCAAUUACCCCACUAGCCCUCGGUUCUCCAUCAAUAAUGCUACCUCCAACAUCAACCUCUGGGGCUUCUUCUCCCCGGGGUGGAUCACCGAGGCCAAAUCAGCCUAACAUUACAACUCCAACUUUGCAGUUUCAUGGUAGUAGAUUGAAAACUGCACUUAACGCCAGGGAUAUGGAUUUAGAUUUUGGACUAAUUGGACUAGAUGACAUGUCUGCUCUCUCUUCACCAUCGAGCUGGAACAAAAUUUCAGCCACCACACCCGCUUUUGGUGCUUCAUCUGGUGAUCGUAGUGGAGAAUUCAGUAGGCAUGCUGGACUAACACCCACCAACCUUGACGAUAUUUUUGGGACAUUGGAUCCCAAUGUGUUGUCUCAGCUGCAAUCUCCUAAGGGAAUGCAGAUUCGGCAGAAUAUGACUCAAAAUUUCCUCUCGAGCUUCCCUGCCAGUCCCUCACCAUCCCCAGCUAGAACAUCGUCGUUUAGGAUGGAUCCAUCUGAUUCAGCCUCAUCAGCAGUGUUGAAUUCAAGAUCUGCUGCAUUUGCAAAACGAAGCCACAGUUUUGUUGAUCGCAGUGUGGCAUCUUCGCCAACCUCUCCUGCAAUUGCAAUGCCAUCAACCCUUUCCGGUUGGGGCUCUCCCGAUGGAAAAUUAGACUGGGGUAUCAAGAAGGAGGAGCUCAGUAAGUUUAGGAAAUCGGCUUCGUUUGGCAUCAGGAGCAGUGGCAACAAUCUUGCAAUGGAUGGCACCUCGCUUUCAACCACUGCUGUCGAGCCUAAUGCUUUGUGGGUUCAAUCUUUAGUAAAUCAUGGCCAAUUCAGUAUGGAAGAUCAGCAGUAUUGUCUGAACAACAGAGGAGGUUCAGAGAUGCAUCCAUCAUGGGCGGACCAGUUAUAUAUGGACCAGGAGCAGAUUGUGGCAUAAACAUGACAUUAACUCCAAAGUCAGAAUCUUUCGGGUAAUCUUUAACAAGUUCUUUGUCAUUUUUUGAAUUUUUGCUCAAAUUCAACGAUGGAUACAUGAAAAUAGAACAUAGAGAAAACAAGAAGUUGGGCAGGGUAAAAAAAAUCAAUCUUUCCCUUCUUCCCCUUUCAAUUAUGUUGAAACUUGAAAUACUUAUCAUCCCUCCUAGUAUACAAAUUUGUAUUCUAUUAUAAAUGUACCAGAUAAUAAAAGUGAUCAUUGAAUGCCAUUCUUUUCGCUCGUGA